UUUGAAUCUUGUCAAACUUUAUUUUUGUUCUGAUCACGUGAUUUCUGAUCCAUUAAGAAACUUCUUCUCUUAGUUAAAUCCCAGCGGCUCCGGGUCCUUCGCUCCAACAUGGCGGACGCGGAUGAAAUCGCCCGGUUGUGCUACGCGCGUCUGGAGGCGCUGCCCCGCAGAGGGAGGCCCGAGGCCGGCAGGGAGUGGAGCCUGCUGGCCGCGGUGCUCCAGACUGACUCAGUUAAGACGGAGGUCGUUUCCCUGGGAACUGGAACCAAAUGUAUUGGACAGUCACACAUGAGUCCUAAUGGCGAUGUCCUCAACGACAGUCAUGCAGAAGUCAUUGCCAGGAGAGGAUGUAUCAGAUACCUGCUCCAGCAGCUGCACAGGGCCGUGAGCGGAGGCCACAGCUCUGUGUUUUGUCCGUCGGAGGAGCAGGGGAAGUGGAGGCUUCAGCCGGGAGUUUCCUUCCUCUUCUUUACCAGUCACACUCCCUGUGGUGACGCUUCCAUCAUCCCCAUGACUGACAGCCCGUCUCUGCCCCGCCCCCCUGUCGCCUCUGUAAAGGGUCGUGAAGGGACGGGAGCAGGAGGAGAUCUGAAAAGGAAAUCUGAGGUUCCAAGCGAAGGGCCACACACCAAGCUGGCUCGUGUGGACAAACAGGAGACGGCAGAGACGAGGACAGAGGACAGAGGAGACACAAAAACAUCAUUCCCCUCAAAUUCAUGUAGAAGUGAAGGUCAAUCUGAGACUCAAGCCACAGGAACACCAGAUGAAACUGUCUCACAUGCUUCAGCACAGCUGGAGAGAACAAGCAGAGGCCCCUCUGACAGCGCUGGGCUGAGUGGUCGGGUCCCUGACGUUCACAGAACGGGGGCCAAGUGUGUCCCUGGGGGGGCAGCCGACCCUCUGCAGCCCGGGACCGGGUACCACAGCACAGGGGUGCUACGGGUGAAGCCUGGUCGAGGUGAACCCACUCUCUCCCUGUCCUGUACUGACAAGCUGUCCCGUUGGGCAGUGCUGGGCUUCCAGGGUGCUCUGCUGUCCCAUUACCUCCAGGAGGCGCUGUACUUCAGCACGGUGGUGGUGGGGAAGUGCCCGUACAGCAAAGAGGUCAUGCACAGAGCUUUGGUGACAAGGUGUUCCCAUGUGACCGACCUCCCUGCUGGUUUCUCUGUGAGUCCACCAGAGCUGCUCCAGUCCAGCCUGGAGUUCCGCUUCAGCCAGGCCCAGACCGAGCUGCAGCACCAGGCCACACAGGGACGCAUCUCCCCCUGUGGGGCAGCCAUCAGUUGGUGUAAUGUGGCUGAACAGCCAGUAGAUGUCACUGCCAACGGCUACAAGCACGGAGUCACAAAGAAGGUGGUGGGCACAGCGAAAUCCAGGUCUCUUCUGUGUAAACUGGAGCUGUUCCACUCGUUCCUGUCUCUGGUUUCAGCCACGGAGCCGUCAGCACGUCCCAGAUCCCUGAGGAGCAGCGAGCUUCGGACCUACUGGGACUACAAGCAGGCGUCCAGCUCGUACCAGCAGGCCUGGCAGCAGCUGCACAGCCAGGCCUUCCCUCUGUGGCCGCGCAGCGACAGGAAGCUGCUUCUCUUCCACUGAGAUCCCUCUCGGCUGCUCAGGCCCACGGAGCUCUGCCUCAGAAUCUUCUUCAUCAUGUGACACUUUUAUUAAAUGACAAACUUCAUCUGCACAGUGUUGAUUUCCUGACAGCUGGCGGGUCGAAGUUUGAGCUAUGGUGGAUAAAUAUUGUUUGGUUUUGUGCGUCUGUCUCCGUCACCCGGGAAGUCGCUGCUGGCCGCCGUGGUCCCGCUGUCCUCAGAGGUCGAUGACCGUUGUUCUCUGUCCUCAGACGACUGCUUUGUUUUCAUUGUGUGUGUAACGUGUUGUGACUGCAGCGGAAAAUCAGUUUCCUCUGAUUCCACGUUAGAAUAAACUCCUUCCCUCCGACAGACUGAGGAUCUGUUGUGUUACAGCUUCAGCUCAGCAGAUUGUCGCAGGUUGUGAUCAGGAUGCUUCACAUUGUGUAUUUAAUGCUUUAAAAAGAGCUGCAGUCUUUACAUUUAUGAUUUAUGUUUUCAUCUUUGACACACACACGACCACAUCUUAUUGAAACUUGGUAGAAUGAUGUGGUCAAAGAAGAAAGCGUUAAGUUUCGGGGCAGGUCCAGGAUGUUUUAAUGAUACAUGUUUCAAACCCCAACCCACUGCUUUAAGUUACUUUAGGUUGGGUUUGAACUGGUUUGAACUGGUUUGGACUGGGUGUGAACUGUGGUUGUCAGGUUAAUGUUGAUCAGCCCAACAGGAAAUGAAACGUGAUUGGCAGAAACGUACAUCGUGCUAAACGUGUCCUAACCUGCGAUACAAGAGAAAAAUGGAACUCUGCUCUACAGCACUACUAGUGGUCAGAACCUGCACAUGGUCCCUUUAGUUUUGACCAAAUGUAAAAAGUUGGAACAUCAGAUUCAGACACGUUUCAUUUUGUUUUGACUUUUAUUGGUCAGGUCUUCCAGCUGCCUCACCUUUUUCAAAUAUCUAAAACUCUGCUACUUUUCAUUUUUAAAUAUAUUUAACGAUCAUACAACACAGAUGAAACAAAACAAUCCUCCAUAUCAUAGCAUUCCAUCAUCAUUAUAUUGCACUUGUACAGAGCAUCUAGAGGCAGCCUUGUGGACCGGCAGGUGUGUCGCUCUGAUUCAGAACCAGAAGCUUCAGCUGUGGUCAGAACGCCAGCGACAGAUUCAUCCAGAGAGAGAGAGAAGAUGCUUUCUGGUUUCAGGCCAAAGACCCGAGCAGCACUGCACUGGGAACACUGGACGUGGCUUUUGGUUUUCAUGGGAUUCAAACUCUGCACAGGAUAAAUCUGCCUCCGGUGAUUUUAUUCACAAACAUGUUCAACUCUUAAAUCUGCAGCGACAGGGUUGAACGUUGUGUAUCUGGUAAAAACCUCAGGAUAACAAAGCUCGUGAUGUUGUUGUCAUGCACCUGUUUGAUGUGUGUGUGUGUGUGUGUGUGUGUGUGUGUGUGUCACAGCUCAGACAACACGCAGCUGCCUCGUGUUUGUGUCUCAGUGGGGUGUAAACAGUUGUUCUGGUUCUCUUCCAGUGCAACAUAGUGAGUCACUGGACCACUGAUGGGUUUUCAAGUUGAUGAACUUUGACCUUUGACCUUUAACUCCAUCAAGGCAGCAACAGAAAACUGCUCAAGGUUAAAUACAGAACAUGCAUCAAAUUUAAAUCAACUUAAAAAUAACCUUGUGUUGGGAGUUCAUUAGCGGUUCACUCGGGUACAUGUUGGCGUCACAGGUCUGAAUCCUGGGUGGAGUCUAAUGUUAGCAACACCCUGAGCGGAACACACGCUCUACACCCGCUGCCUCCUCGCCACUUUACAGCCCCGCCCCCUCAGUCACCACGCCAGCAGCCGGCUCCGCCCCCUGUCACAUGCUUAUAGGCGCUGGAGUGGACGUGUUGAGUUAAAUAUCUAAGUCUUAAUACAUGAAAUAUAAAUACAUCCAUAAUGAGAUUAAUGACUGAUUGAAUAUAUGAUCACAGGAUUUCUCUCAACAUCGUGUCGUGUGUGAUGAUGCGUGUGCGUGUUCUUUUAUUUGAGUCCGACACUGAUGACGUUAAUAAAACUAAUGAGGAGUGAUGUGCUCAUUAUGUGUGGUGAUUAUUCUUAUUUUAUGUCAUGGCAGUGUUAAAGAUAUUUCUCUCCUUUAAACAGUUAAACCAUUAAUUGAUCUG